CUUAUUCGUGCACUUGUUUCUCCUGAGACAUCCUCACUGUCUCUCCCUUUCAAUGGAAGUUGACAACACACCUUAGUUCACCCUAUUGUCUUUGCCUGGAUAGAAACUAAAAGUGCUUCUUUCUACCGCUGUUUCAUUUCAACACAAGUGGCACAGAGACUGUAGAGGACGUCACAGCAAGCAUUAAGGAGAAGUAUAUGUAAACAAGGUACGACUGUCUGUUUGAAGGCUUGUGAGUCAGCAAAGUGGGGCAAAGUGCUUUCAGAAACAAUAAUAAAGAGCUUUGAGGAGGGGAGAGCCCUUCUCCCCCGUCCUCAUAUGGCCUCCCUGCAUGCUUUCUCAGUUCAGGCAUGACCGUCACCCCUAAAAACCUCAGUGCUCAGCCUGGUUCCUCCUCUCUCAACGACAUAAGUUCCAGAUCCGGUGCAGUGCAGAUGGAUGAGGUCGAUGCCCUGCGUUUGAAGCUCUCCAAUGAGGACUCUGUGUCACUGGCUCCUUCCCUGGCUGAGCCCAUCAACAUAGAAGGUCCCCAUUAUGCUGGGCUGCGAGAAGACCUCGAAUCAGAUGCCCAUAACCUGGAGGCUGAGUCCUGGAGCCUGGCUGUGGACCAGAACUACCUGAAGACUCUGAGUAAAGAGGCGGUUAAGAGACAGGAUGUCAUCUAUGAGUUUAUGCAGACAGAGAUGCACCAUGUUCGCACCUUGAAGAUCCUCCUCCAUGUCUACAUGCACGAGUUGAGGCAGGCUCAGCUGAUUGAGGAGUCCAGGCUGGAUCGGCUCUUCUUUGGGGUGGAAGCUCUGCUGGGUCUCCAUCAGCGAUUUCUAAACUACCUCAAAGUGCGCCAAAGUCAGAGUCAGGAGGAAGAAGGCCUGAAUAACUACCAGAUCACACAACUGGGGGAUAUUCUCAUCUCUCAGUUUUCAGGUGCAAUGGGAGAAGGAAUGAUUGAGUGUUAUGGUGUUUUCUGCAGCCAUCACACUGAAGCCAUCAGCUUCUACAAGGAUCAGUUGCAGAACAACAAGAAACUACAGAUUCUUACACGGAAAAUUGGGCAGCUGCCUCUUGUGCGAAGGUUAGGAAUCCCUGAAUGUUUUCUGCUGGUGACUCAACGCAUCACAAAAUAUCCCAUCCUGGUGGAAAGAAUCAUACAAAAUACUGAAGAAGAUACAGAAGAACACCAGUCUCUGGUUCAGGCUUUGACUCUGAUCAAAAGCACAAUCUCCGAGGUGAAUGAUCAAGUCUGUGAAUAUGAGAAAGAAGCUCGUCUGAGAGAGAUUGGUCUUCGUCUGGAGCCAAAGUCUCAGGGCCGGCUGAAGGACGGCCGGCUGUUACGCAGGGAGGAUCUUCUCAAGGGAGAGAGGACGCUGCUGCAUGAAGGCACUUUCACCUGGAAGACGUCUGGUAAACAGAAAGAUGUCCUUGCUGUUCUGCUGUCAGAUGUGCUCCUCCUCUUACAAGAGAAAGAUCAGAAGCUUGUAUUUGCUGCGGUGGAUAACAAACCUCCAGUGAUCUCCCUUCAAAGGCUGAUAGUCAGAGAGGUCGCACAUGAGGACAAAGCCAUGUACCUCAUCUGUGCGUGCACCACCAGCAUGCCAGAGAUGUACGAGAUCCACACCGGCUCCAGAGAGGAACAAUUCACAUGGACGAGAAUGAUACGAGAGGCUGUGGAGCGUUAUCCAGAAGAGGAGCUGUAUCGUGAGCUGACUUUAAAACUCCAACAGUUUCAAGAUAUUCUAAAGAUUAGGGAUGAUCAGAUAAAACAAAGUCUGACAGAGAAGCAGCAGAUCUUUGCUGCUCUUUAUGAAACGGUGACGGAGCAGGAAACGCCUCACAAAGGUCUCCUCCUGAGAGGAGACAUGACUGACCUCCAGCAGGGGGAGACACUGCUCAAAGGAGCCAUCGAUGAGGUUGAAAACCUGCAGAACCUGCUUUUCUCAAGGAUUAGAGACCCAAACCUUUUAAAUAAUGAGAGAAAAACACAGGAGGGGCUGCUUCUCAGGAGGUCACAGACUGAUGGAGUGGAUGAAGAUGGGCCUGCUGCAAGCGCCAUUACAAAUGGAGACGCAGCUGAUUGUCCUUUAGACAGCGAGGAUUGUCCAGGGUACAACAGUCUCAUUACUGGUGACCCUCAGCCACGGGAAGUUUACUCUGAGGGUCUGGAACAGUCUGCUGAUGAUGAGACAGAUCUUUCAAACUUCAGUUUAACUCCAGGAUAUUUGACCUGUGAGACAGAGGUGUGUGACCGGGUGAUAAUGCUCGCUCAAAUGCUGUACAGUUUGCAAGCAAUAGUGGCCCAGCAGGACAGCCAGAUUGAGCUGCAGCACGCGUUUCAGUCAAAGACCAGGCAGCCUGCUCGUCACUACAGCAGCGUGCUGUUGGAGCGGGAGAAGCAGCGUAACCUGGAGAAGCAGAAGGAAGAACUGAACAAUCUACACAAACUUCAGGCACAGCACCGAGAGGAGCAGCAGCGCUGGGAGAAGGAGAGAGAGCGGCAGAGGAUCCAGGUUGAAACACUGGAGGCUCAGCUGCAACAGAGGGAGGACGAGUGCCGAAAGUGGGAGGAGAAGCUCAAUGAGGAGAAGGCGGAGCUGGAGAGGCAGAAGGGUGACUAUCAGCAGGACCUGGAGAGACUGAGAGAGUCGACAAAAUCUGUAGACAAGAACAAGGAACGUCUGAACCAGGAGAGGGAGCGUCUGGAGCUGCUGCAGGAGAAGAUCAAGAAGAGCCUGCAAAACCAGGGACAUGCCAACUAUGAUGAUCCUUCACAAUACUGGGGUCUCUCCAGCUACCAGUCGUUCAGAGGAAGCAUCGUGAAUGGAGGAGGGAAUCUGAUCUUACCUCCAAAGCUUCAUGUCUUACCCCCCUCCUCCUCGGACCCCAAAGAAAUUCCUCCAAAGGUUCCCCCUCGGAGGGAGAGCAUCAGUCCUCAGCCAGUCAAGCCCGAUUUGCCCAUCCAGCUGAUCAGCACCACCAAUCAGGUGCACAAGCCUGCAGCCCUGCAGCAGCAGAUCCCCACCAAGCUGGCCACUGUGUCCAAGGGGAAGGAGAAAGGCUUCAAGACGAAGAGCUCCCACCACAGAGCGCACAGUGCAGCCAACAUUGACGUGAAUCAGGUGCUGCCCAUCAGAGUGAAUGGAAAAGAAGGAGGAAGCAUGAGAGCCAAGAGGACCGCCAGUCCCCAAAAAAGACAUCAAUCAGUUGCCUCCAAUCUUCCAGCAUCUGUUCAAAGCAUGAGAUCUACUCAAUCCUUCAGCACACACAAGAGGAGCAGCAGCGAUGCCUCACCUCCUGCCCCGCCUCCUUUCCCAGAAGACAUUCUUGAACCAGCCAAAGAGAAGGUAAUCUUCCUUUAACCCUAAACUACAGACUGGAGUUUGGAUGAGGACUGGUCCAUCACAGAGACUUUUUUAAUCACGGAGAAACAAAAGAAGCUGCUGAAAACUCUGAUUAUAACUUCAUGACAUCACUUUGUGUCUGCUAUGAAGAGAACUGUUUCCAUUAGGAGAAUUUAACACUGGAAAAGAUUUGGACUUGACGAAAAGACGAUGACGUCUGAUGCAGAGGUUGCACAAGAAUUUAAAAAGCUUGGCCUGUUUGUAUAUUGGGAUGAGAAUAUUUUGAAAUGAAGAUGUCUCAAAAGCAAAAUAUCUUGCCAAAGACUUCAAGAGAAGAUAUUUUUAAGCAUUUUUAUUUAAAAUGAAUGUAGGUUGUCUUUAAACCAUCUAGCACUCAUGUCUUAUUUCUUUAACUGACUUUUAAAUUAUAAACAACAGGUACAGGGGGAGGAAGUGGAAUAUUUUUCUGAUGUUUGCUUCUGCUGUGUGCCAAGCACAAAGGUUUUGUUUUUGAAGGAAUCAGACAGACUUGUAAUGCAUUCUGUGGUCCUGCACCUCUGUUGUAAUGUAACUAUAUAUACAUGAGGUAUGUAGACGAGACUGGCUGUUUUUGUUUGUAAAUAGAAUCAGCUGACAUUCCCUGUUUAUUCAUGUAAAGACUGUAAAAACAAAUCACCCAUUUUAUCUUUUGUCCAAUGUAAAAUUUCCUCCAAAAUCCAACUGAUGGGUCAUGGAAUAA